CGUCAAUCGUCGUCAUGGAACGUUGGCAAAACCGCGUGGCCGUGGUGACUGGUGCCAGUUCGGGCAUUGGAGCAGAGCUGGCCCGUCACCUGGUCUCCUCUGGAGUGAUUGUUGUGGCUCUUGCCCGUCGUCUUGAACGUUUGGAGCAGCUUCGCCGUGAACUCCCAGAGGAACAGCAGACGCUGCUCCACAUUCGGCAGUGCGAUGUCACGGAUAUUGAAGCUGUUAAUGCCACGUUUGAUGGAAUAAUCCAAGAGCUGGGCGGCAUCGAUAUACUGGUGAACAAUGCCGGCAAGCUGUCUGGUGGCCAGUUGCUUACCCUGCCCCUGGACACGAUCCAGCAGGUUCUCCAGACGAACGUAAUGGGCGUGGUUACCUGCACACAGCGGGCGUUCGCCUCGAUGCGGGAGCGUCAGGUCACGGGUCAUGUGGUGCUCAUCAAUAGCAUCGUGGGACAUUAUAUAUUCAAUCCGCUGCCCGGUAGCCAGCAGGAGUUGAACAUGUAUCCGGCAACCAAGCAUGCGGUGACGGCACUUACCGAGCUAUUCCGCCAGGAGAUGCGAGACUUUAAGACCCAGGUCAAGGUCACGAGCAUUAGCCCGGGACUGGUGGACACGGAGCUAGUGCCGCAGGCCUAUAAAUCGCUGCCCAUGCUUAAGGCUGAGGAUGUGGCCAAUGCUAUAAUGUAUGUCCUGGCCACGCCAGAGCAUGUCCAGGUGCACGAGCUGACCAUCAAGCCCAUGGGUGAGCCCUUCUAGGACUUGGUGUAGAUUCUAGGACGACAGUGCAUUCCUUUUGGGCUGGCCAUUGGAGGGUCUUGAAUAUUUGAUUAUAAAAAGCACUUGUUUGUGAAUAAUUUGUGAAGCACUCAAGGCACUGCAAAAUAAGCAUGCCGUUUUUUUAAAUUAUAUUAAUUAUUCUAAUUAAUAUUACAUUUUAAAUAAAUUAAAUAAAAUUAUA